CCGUUCGAGACGUGAGUAUCCUAGACAACAAUAAUGGCGGCCUACGUAUGAGAAUGAAUGACAAUAUUUAAUCUUUGAUGACUUUCAAGCUGUACGUGCUGAUGGAGUUGACAUUGUAAGCCAGUUUUACAGGCUACACUUCACUAAGUACUUUACCCUAGGAUCAGCCAAUUCCAAGGAGUGUUAGUUCUUAUUUAGAUCAAAUUAAGAAAGGGAAAAGAUGGUUCUCACAGACCUCCCAUUUGAGAGGAAUGCUCUGAUACAUAGUAGAUACAAUGCAAUCUGCAGACCAGGCAGUGCUCCUCCACUGAAAGGAGACGAAGACAUUCAGAGAACAACUUCUAAGGAUUAUGCCGCUUUCCUCAAAGACCAGGAGAGAAAAGUAGGGCCAGAUGGCUUCUUGGAUUCCAACAGAUACUCUCAUUCAUUUCUUCUGAAAAAAGAUGCCACUGGAAGGCGGAGGGCAGCAAGUGUUGCUGGGCAACCCUCAGUGGUCUCCCUUACUUCCCGUAUUCACCAAGACAAAAAGGAUUAUGACAGAAGAAUUAAAGUGAUAGAGGAUCAUAUGUGGCAACACAAGCAAGAGGAGAGAGAACUGAAGAGAACAGAGGGUGAUAUCAUAAAGAACCAGCGGGCCGUCAGACACACUCUGAGGGACUUUGAAAAUGCUAUAAAUAAGAAGAGGAUGGCAGAGGAAAAGAAACUUAGUCAAGGUCUGGAAAAAUAUACUGUGCUAAGAAGAGACCACAUUCAUAAGAAAGAGGAGUUAAUAAAGACUCGUACGCAGAAUAAUGUACAUGCUUACCAGUCUUUCAAAGAUCAGGAUAGAAAAAAUCAACUUGCAAAGUCUGACUUGUCCAGACAAUACAAGGCCAAGAUGAGUGAGCUGGAUCUGAAGAGGACCGAGGUUAUGAGAUUAAGUACCGACUACGAAGUCAAAAUGAAAAAGAAAGAGGAGGAGCAGUUUCGAUUAAAGCAAGAGUUAGCUGAUCUUUCAAUCAAGCUGAACAUGGAGGCCCAAAAAGGGAGAAAACAAAAAUUUGAUACAGAAAGAGAGAGAAGAAAGGAUCAAACUAAUAAAAUCCAAGAGGAUUUGACUGCUGAGAGAACAGUGGAAAAUAAAUUAAUGAGAAGUGAUGGAGAUACAAAAGCAGCAGAAUCAACUAAACGAAAACUCAGUGCAGACUUAGCUGUUAAUAAAUCUCAUCUCGACAUUAAGAAACGUGACGAACAAAGACAUCUAACAGAUACUCAAUUCCGACUGGUAGACAACUCUAGCAUACAGAAGCAGUUAAAUGAAGCCGCUGAAUAUGCAGAAAUGGACCUUAAAGCGAAACAGAUUGAUAAAAAUGUGGAGACUCAUAAUUUGAGAAGAAUACAUCUAAUGAAUUCGUCAUUAAAAACCAGAAAAGAAAAAGGUGCUCAACAUGAAGAAGUCUGCCAAUCCAGGUUUAAGAAAAGAUUUACUGAAAAGCAGCGUUUAGAACAUGAAGAUUCCCUCAAAUUUUUCCAGAAAAUGGUGACAAAAGGUGAUGAGAUGGAACACUCGCUGUACAAUAAAAUGAGAAAUGCUGAGUAUGCGAGACAAAAGCAAGAACAAACUGUGAGACGAAUGCAACAACAACUGGCUGAGCUCAAGAGGAAGAAUGCUGUCCGAGUUAAAAAUGAGCUCGCUCAGACUCACAAGGAAGAAAAGGAACUUGAGCAGACACUCAUCAGAGAAAAAGCUGAGCUAGACAAGGUGCAUUCCCAGAGAGAGGAAAGUUAUGAGAAAUUGCAGAAACAUCGACAGAUUUUGAAAGAGGACAAACACAUCUUGAUCGAGCAUGAAAGAGAGCACAACCGCCUCCUGAAAAUAGGGGCCAAAACAGAUAUAGCUACUGAAUCUUACUGAUAUACUGCUAGAAACUGUAUAUUGACUGCCCCAUGAUUCAUUCAAAAGUGUGACAGUGUCCUGCAAGCAUUUUGCUUACAAUUUCAUUAGGAUGGUAUCCCCACUGUCUGCAGACAAGGCUGGGUCAGAGAAGUGUUUUGUUGAAAGGUGCAGGGUCAUCUGAGUGUUUUAACAGAUGUAUGAAAAAAACAUUAUGUGUAAUUUAUGUACCCAUUUCACUUAAGCAUGGUUCAAAAUCUUGCAGGUUUUUUAUUAUGUAAAUUCUAACAAUAAGUAUUUUAUAACAUUUUUACUGAAGGAGCACAGAAUCUGUAUAAGGUAAUUUCUUUCUAGUCAUAACAGAAUUUCAAUCCAGUAUCAGUUUCAAGUUCAGAGGCAUAUAAUUUUGUAAAUUGAUCAAAGUGAGAAGUUGUGCUGUUUCACACAUAUCCAUCUUGAGAAGAUGUUGAAAUUUGACAAACGUUUGCUUAAUUAUUAUGCUACUUCGCUGCUAAUGAUAUAAGUAUUAUAUUCACCACAUCUUGCUAUAAUUGUAAAGCAUGUAAAUUUUGUUAUAUGGCUGUACUGAAAUAAUUACCUUUUUUGACAGGAGAGUGUGAAAUGUUGGGAACUUGAGUUGCAGGGAUUGUCUGUUUGUGACAAAUGUACUUGAUCUUUGACAGUUUGGCAGGCUUGUUGCCCAACUCUGAAUACAAAGUUUUAAAGAUUUGUAACUAAGUGUAUGGAGAAAGAAAAUUGAGAAGGAUAAAAUUGUGAGAAAAAACACCUUCAAGUAGAGAUAUUACUGUAAUAGUUGGACCGUUUGUCUGUCAGUUAUGCAGUUGUGUGUUUACAUGUUUGGAACCAAUUUGGUGCUAAACAGGCCUGGAAUUCAAACUAAGGAUACAUGUUUGUAACGUUUUCAAUUCAAUCUUUAAACUUUAUACAUACAUGUAUACCUCAAUUCAUUUUUGUCUCAAAAGGCUGUUUUCGUAAUUUUUGUAAUUUUUGGCCAGGGAGAAUUUUGAUGGGUUAACAGAUCUUAAUAUAACUCUAUGAAAUGCACCAGGGAGACGACAUUAAAAUGUUUUCUGGAUUAGGUAUAUGUCCCGUAUAGGACAAUAGUGGAAUAUAUAGUAAGGUAUUACAAAGGCAUAAACCCUGGAUACGUUGAUGCCAAGCCGGUGACAGACUGAUAUGUGAAUUUGUACGCUACUGGAAGGAUUUGGUAUUUAUCUUUCAGAUCUCUGAAAGUACACUAGCAUUACAAAAUUUAGAGUUUUAAGCAUCAAAAUUUAGUUUUUUAUGGUAAAAAACAAAACUAUUGAAAAUGUUUGCACGGAUCUCAAAUACACAUAACUUUACGUGGUACUGGUUAAAAUUUUCAGAGUGAAAUUACGUUUGUUAUGAUCGCAGUAUUAUUAGUAGCUGAAAAUACCUCAGAGCUGGUCUUAAUAAUCAUACAUCUUUCUGGCUUCUUUUUUUUUUUUACCAUGGUCUGUGCUAUAUUCAGUCUGCUUCGCAGAAUAUUUGAUUCAUGUCAUUCUCGAGUAAUAUUAUCCAUUUUUUUCUUUGUGUUUACAAGUCUUUUAUCUUGUAAGUUUUGUAUCUACAAAAAGAAUGCAUAGAGGGACCUAUAUUUUUGAAGUCUUUUCCUGUAUGUAUACAAAGCUGUAUUGUGAUUUACGCUGAUGGAGAUUUUUGUCUGUAUAUUUUCAAUUCGUACGUGCCUCCGUGUCAUGUGCCAACAUAAACUAGAUCUGUCUUGGGCCUUCACUCUUAAGGCAAAUGUUAUCUGUGAUGUUUUACAAAACACAGUAAUUACGUUUUUAUGAUUUAUUUAUGUCAAAGUUUUUUUGUUACUCUUGGAUGUGAGCAUUAAAUGGAACACAACAAUCUUUUGAUUAAUAUAUUUCUAAUACAUUUGACUUGAUACGUACAUUUUACCUUUAAUAUGAAUAAAAUGACUCAACCUUA